AUGGAUGGGGUUCUUGAGAAACUGCUUCUGGAUACAAGAUUCACAACGAACAAAAUCCCGAAGGAGUUUCUCCUGAGGAGAGUGGGUCUUGGAUACAGUAUAAGAAGCAAGAGAUUGGAUCGAGAUAUCAUAAAGCCCUGUCUUAAGGCAAAGAAGAACAAGGAGAAAGCUUUGAGUAUUCAAGAGGAGGAGUCGGAGGAUGCUGGGCGAUCGGAGUCUGUCAAGAAGAAAGCCCGAUCAAGAAAGAACUAG